CAUGCUCGCCUAUUGUCGACUCAGCAGCCAGGCAGGCCAUUAUUAGCUGCUGUUAGGAGAUUGCAUAUGUAGUAGAUAACCGAGAGACGUCACAAGGCGGAAGAUGGAGGCACAUUUUGCAGUCUUUAUUAACUUAUCUUUGACGCAGGACCUCCCUUCACUUUUCUACAUACUUCCCUUCCAUAUACUCAUCAAGACCAUACACGAUUCACUUGAAUUUACGUCUAAAGCAAGAUGCGUACUGCACGCGGAUUUUUCAAAACCAUGGGAUAUGGCCCCAAAUUCAAUGCUGUUUUCAUCAUUGAUGAUAUUAUUAAUUCUCCGGCCACUUGAACCCAUCUGUCAAGGAUUGCUCUACCGACGACGCUACAAUGGAAUAUUCCACAAUGGCACAGUUGACUGGCGAGAGAGAUUUUGACGGGACGAUCGGAACCGACAACGUGACGCUCACGAUCAAGAACGGCCCAAAAUUUGACGGUCCUCUCCAAAUGUCCUGUGAGUCGGCCAUAAGUGUUUCUGGGACCGGCACAUGGGAAGUGUAUUGAAAUAGUAUAUCAGCAAUGGUAUAAUUCCAUUUGUGUCAUGAUUUCU